AUGGAGCCUGCCAGCUUGGAAAUGGGGAUCAUUUUCCUCACUCAGACGGGAGCAGGAAUCCUGGGAAACUCUUCCCUCCUGUGUCUUUAUAGCUUCACUUUGCUCACUGGACAUAACUUGAGGCCCACAGACCUGAUUCUCAACCAACUGGUUUUAGCCAACAACUUGGUUCUUUUCUCCAGGGGGAUCCCACAGACAAUGGCAGCUUUUGGAUGGAAAUAUUUCCUGGAUGAUGCUGGAUGUAAAGUUGUCUUCUAUUUUCAUCGGGUGGCUAGAGGGCUUUCAAUCAUCACAACCUGCCUCCUCAGUGGUUUCCAGGCCAGUAAUCUUUGCCCCAGUAGCUCUAGGUGGAUGGUGCUCAGAAUGAGAUCCCUAAAGUGCACUGGCUUCUGCUGUUCCCUCUGCUGGAUCCUACAACUCUUAGUAAAUGCCUAUAUUCCUGUGAGAGUGAUUGGCCCAAGAAAUACUCAAAACAUAAGUGCAAAAACAAUUUAUGGAUACUGUUCCACGCUCAACUCAGACAGAUUUAAAAUCUCACUACAUGCAGUCAUGUUCUCCUCCAUUGAUGUAAUAUGUUUGGGCCUCAUGGUCUUAUCUAGUGGCACCAUGGUCUUUGUCCUGCUCAGGCACAAGAAUCAAGUCCAACACAUUUACAGCAACAGCCUUGCCCCAAGGCCUUCCCAUGAGGCGAGAGCCACAUGUACCAUUCUGAUCCUGGUGAGCUCCUUUGUCUUCUUUUACUCUCUCUCUUCCAUUUCAGGUCUUUUUAUUACUCUUAUUGUGACACCAAGCCAGUGGCUGGUGAACAUGUCUGUGUUUCUGGCUUCAUGUUUCCCAACAUUUAGCCCCUUUUUGCUUAUCACCUCGGACACCCGAAUCUCAAAGCUCUCCUUUGCUUUCUGUGUCAGAAAAGCAUUUUUUACCUAA